CAUGGCGACUAUUGUGGCCAAAUGCAGGAGAACCACAAUGCUGAGAAAUCCAGGAAAUUUGGACUCGGUAGUUUUAUUGCGCUCCUGUUGAGUCUGUCGUUUAUUUCAUUUUAAAACAGUGGUUGAAUAUGUGAGUGGAUAACUGACUGAUCUCCGGGUUCUAUGAAACAGGCGCUGGAUGACUACAGAUUUAAAGGUGAAGAACCUGGUCUAUUUCUAUAAAAGCAGUGUGUGAUGCUUCGCUGGAUUCUUGGUACUCGCGGCUCACAUGGCUCCGCUGAGAACCGCUGUGCUGCCCUUUGUAUUGGAGAAGAACAGCCCAAAAAUUGUUACACCGAACUGCAGGUGCUCAGAGGCCAUUAUGACAUUGUUCGAUUUCUGGUGCAAAUUGAUGAAUUCAGAUUUGCAUCAGCAGGGGAUGAUGGAAUGGUGCUUGUGUGGAAUGUUGAGACUGGAGAGCGGCUGGUAGAAUUACGAGCUCAUACUCAACAGAUCACCACAUUGACGGCGUACACGUUUACCAGCACAGAAAAAUCCCUCACAGUUCUUAUAACAGCUUCCUCGGACCGCAUGAUGUGUCUGUGGGAUGCUGACACAGGGCACAGACUGCACUCUGUGUCCAAUCUACAGUCUUCUGUUAAGUGUGUGUUGGUGUUGGAUCUUCUGGAUGUGUUUUUAUCUGGAGGCAAUGAACUGUGUGUGUGGAAUAGAGACUUUCAACUACAGUGUAAGACUGUGCAUUACAGAGACUUAGGCAUCACUGCCUUGGUGGAUUUGCCCAAAUGCUGUGUUGCUGCUGCCAUUGACAAAGAGAUUGUAAUCUUUAAGCUAAAUUUGUCUGAACCUGAAAAGUCGAUUGUGGCCAUUCAACAUCUGACUGACCACCAAGACACGAUCCGGACACUCAUCAGAGUCAACGAUGACUUAUUUGCUAGUGGCUCUCACAUCGGAGAGGUCAUUCUCUGGGAUACCCUAGACUGGACAAUCCAGGCUUAUGAGCGGAUUUUGUGGGAGGAACCAGAUCGAGAGAGCCAAUCAGAGAUUAGAAUGGGUCAGCAGAAACAGAGUGAAGCAUCCAUCCAGCACCUGUACUCAGAUGGAGAGCGUGUAGUUGCAGCAGUGGGCAGUGGGUUGUUUGUGUAUAACACAAGGAUGAAAACAGUAGUGGCGUAUAGGAAGUUUGCUCACGACUCUGAUGUCCUAUACACCACGCUGCUGCACAAUGGACAGGUGAUGUCCUGUUCUGAGGAUGGUAGUGUCAGGAUCUGGGAGCUACAAGAGCUUCCACUACCUGCAGAGCCUGCCUCCUCAGGGUUUUUCAGCUUGUUUGGCACCAUCGGGAGAUCCAGUAAACAGGGUAGUGUUCCAUCUAAGAAGCUUCUGGAAGUUUCUGGUCUGUGCUCGCUCGAGUUGGUUGGUGACCUGAUUGGUCACUCUGGAGCCGUACAGAUGUUUCUGAGUUUUGGCAAGAAGGGAGUUGUCACUUGCUCAGCUGAUCACCUGCUCAUCGUGUGGAAAGACGGAGAAAGAGAAUCCCAUCUGCGCAGUCAGGCUCUGUUCCAGAAGCUGGAGGAGAAAGGAGGUCUCUGAAUAUUCUCAUCCCUCAGUCUUGCUUUUAAUGCAUGCACAUGGUAUCAGUCGUGCGAGGUAUGGAACUGGAUGCCGGGCUUUUAGUAUGCAACCUGCAAAGGAAACUGAAAUCUGCUUUUAUUUUUAUUUUUAUUUUCUUUUAAGAAAAUACAAGUCAUUCAGAGAAAGGGUGAGAGAUAGAGAGUGAUAAAACACUUGCUAUAAAAAAAGGUUAAGCAUUAGUACAAUUCAACUAAGCAUUAAUUCAACUCUACAAUCAUCAUCUCUGAAUUUCUCUACUGUUUAUUGUUGUUGUUUUCAUCCUGCCUUUUAUGUGAAAAUAACUGUGACAAAGAGUAGGUAUAGCUGUUACUCUUAGUGUGCAUGCUUCAAUUGUAUUGAAAAUUGUUUAAACAAUAAGGCUGUUCUUAGCUGUUCUUAGGUUGUUCUUAGCAUUUCUGACAAAUCAUGUUGUAUGAAUGUUUUUAUUUGAUAAUUUAUUCAAUGCUUCGUAAAUGAAUCAUGUCAUAGUGAUCCUUUGUGGCGCUUUAUAUUUUAUGAUUUUUUUUUUUUUUUACUUUGGUUUACUUUUUUACUUUUCAAACAAGAUGUUUAAUCACAAGUUUUAUUAAAGGACAAUAUAAAUGGCAAGAAAAGGAAGCUUUGUUUUGAAAGAGUCAUGGGGGAAAAAGUUUUUCUUUAAAUGUAAUGGUUUUUAUAUUUCUAAAUUAUAUAUAAAAAAUGUAUCUCUGUGAUGUGUUAUAGCCAGCUACGUUUGAAAGAACAUUUGGUGUCGUUAUCUGGGCUCUUGAAUGUUGCAUACGUUAAUCAGCAAAAUUUUAAGUUUUCUCUGGGUUGUCUAAUUUCCUCCCACAUCAAACCAGUAGGUGGAUUUGCUACACUAAUUACAUCAUAGGUGUGAAGGGGUGUGUGAAUAGUGUGUAAAUAAGUGAUUAAUAUUUAUCCUGGGGUAGGCUCUGGAUCCUCCACAAUCCUGACCAGGAUAGUCUCCCUAAUCCCCUUGGUAAUAUGUAAGUUGUAUUAGAUAAAAAAAAAAAAAAAAAGAUGGCCCACGUCACUUUUUGGUAUAGUUCACUAAAAGACAAGGUGAUGGAGGACAACCCCAUGCUUUUAACUUUCUGAGCACAGAAAAUAGAGCGCAAGCUAGCUAAAAAAAUAUCUCUGGCUGUAAGGAUUAGGGCUGGACCCUAGUGAAAGUUUACUAGUUCUCUAUUUAACUUUUGUUAGCUGUCUAUAACACAAAUUACAAUUAUGUGAUUGCCAGUGUAAUUCACAGCAAAGCUUUUUUAAUUUCACAAACUCUUUCAGUAUUUGUUUUGAUCUUUUUUUUGUUUUGAUUGUUUUUUUUUUUGUUUGUUUGUUUUCAUUUUUAAAUUUUGCAUUCUUUGGUGGAAUUAAAUCCAUUAUUGCGGGAGUGACUUUUUCUUUGCAAACAAUGAAUGAAGAAAAUGCAGUGAAAUAAACCAUUCAUUAUUCCUGA